AAGACAAAUAAGUCUCGUUGGUCAAGAACCCGUACUUUUUAAUACCACAAUAGCCGAAAAUGUGGCUCAUGGAUUAAUCGGUUCCGUUUAUGAACAUUUAUCUGAUGACAAAAAACGUGAGAUGAUUGAAAAUGCUUGUAAGAUGGCUAAUGCUCAUGAUUUUAUUAUGAACCUUCCUGAUAAAUAUGAAACUAUGGUUGGUGAACGUGGAUUUUUAUUAUCUGGUGGUCAAAAGCAACGUAUUGCAAUUGCCCGUGCUAUUGUUAAAGAUCCAAAAAUUUUAUUACUCGACGAAGCUACUAGUGCUCUUGAUACACAAAGUGAGGGUAUCGUCCAAGAUGCGUUAGACAAGGCUUCAAAAGGUCGUACAACUAUUGUUAUUGCUCAUCGUUUAUCUACUAUCCGUAAUGCGACAAAGAUUAUUGUGAUGCAUAAAGGUGAUAUUGUCGAAUCGGGUGCAUAUUCUAAACUUGUAGAAGCUCAACAGAUUCAUCAAGCUAUAAAUUCUGAAGAAAACCAAGAUUCAUCUGUAACCCCACCGGAAGAUAAUGAUAUAUCACUUAUUGCCAAGAAUGAUAUAAUACCUGAAGAAGAUAACCAAAUUACUCGCAUAAAAACCAACAAAUCUGUGUCAUCUGCCUUUUUGUCUAAGCAAAAAGCUGAUAUGGAAAUGGGAAUAAAACGCGAAGAAGAUUAUACUACUUGGGAAUUGAUGAAGAAGAUAGCAUACAUUAAUAAACCCGAGUUUAUUAUACUUGCUGUAGCUUUUUUAAUUUUAGGUUGCAUAUACCCAGUCUUUGCUGUUAUCUUUGCUAAUAUUCUUCAAGCAUUCUCUAAAACUAAUGAUGACUUACGAAAUAGUGCAACUUUUUGGGCUCUGAUGUUUCUCGUAAUUGCUGCAGCGGUCCUUGUUGCAAAUAUUGUCCAAGGUAUUGCUUUUGGAGUUUCGGGUGAAAAGCUUACUAAACGAAUUCGAUCCAUGUCUUUUGCUGCUAUUUUACGACAAGAUAUUUCUUUCUUUGAUGAAGAAGAACAUGGUGUAGGCACUUUGACCAGUCAAUUAUCAUUAGAUGCGACUCACGUUAAUGGUUUGGCCGGCUCUACACUUGGAGGUAUAUUACAAGUGGUGACUACGAUUGUUGCAUGUGUCAUAGUGGCACUUAUAGUUGGUUGGAAGCUUGCUUUGGUCUGCUUAUGUUGUUUACCUUUAUUAGUUGGUUCUGGUGCAUUACGUAUGCAAAUGGUUAAUGGUUUUCAACAAAAAACUAAGAAAGCCUAUGAACAUUCUGCGCAAAUCGCUUGCGAAGGUGCUGGUAAUAUUCGAACUGUCGCUGCUCUCACACGUGAAGAAGAUUUAUGGAAUAUGUAUCAUCAUUUACUAGACGAACCUAUGCGUCAAGGUUUUAAAAAUGCCUUCUUUGCCUCCACCACCUUUGCUUUCGCACAAUGUGUAAACUAUUUCACAAAUGCUUUAGCAUUUUGGUAUGGUAGUAAAUUGUUUAUGGAUAAUGAAUAUGAUCUUCAAAAAAUGUUUACGGUUUUUAUGGCCAUUAUGUUUGGAUCAAUGUCUGCCGGUCGUGUUUUUGCUUAUGUUCCUGAUAUGUCCAGAGCAAAAUCUGCAUCUGCAACCAUAAUUUCAUUGUUAGAACGUGUUCCCAUAAUUGAUACAUGGCGUCAAAGUGGUAAAAAGGUUGAAACUAUCGAAGGUCACCUUAAAUUCUCUGAUGUCCAUUUCCGUUAUCCAACUCGACCAAAAAUUCCUGUUCUUCGAGGUUUAAAUUUAGAAAUUAAACCUGGGCAAUAUGCAGCAUUAGUCGGUCCAUCAGGAUGUGGUAAAAGUACAACAAUAGGUCUUAGUGAAAGAUUUUAUCAAGUAACGGGUGGUAGUAUUACAAUUGACGGAACUAAUAUUGCUACAAUGAAUGUGAACAAUCUUCGGGAACAUAUUGCUCUCGUUA